AUCACUGCUGCAAUGUGUGUAUAUAUAUAUAUAUGUAUAUGUAUAUGUGUGUGUGUGUGUGUGGAGAAACUUCACCGACAGAGAGUACACUGUAGUGGUGACUGCGGAACGCUCGCAGUGAAGCCGAACGUGAGUAUAGCGGUGACUGUCGAGCUGGAACAGAGACUUGUUGCCUUCAAAAACCAAAACAUUGUUGCGUGUGUGUGUGUGUCCUGUUCAUGUUAAACAGCGCGCGGAUGCUGAUGCUGCGGGUGACACUUGAAUAUUUUGGGAGCAGCUGUCUCUCCUCUGCGUUCUUCAUUUGGUCUUGUUUAAAAUAAGCUGGUAGUGUGUAGCCUCCUGUCUGUUUGUCAAUCUCCUGCUGCGUUAGGAUUUUAUGUUUUAAGAAUUUAUUGUUUAUAACAUAUGACUGUAUAAUGGUGCUAUCUAACCACAAACCUUUAUAUUCCUAUUGAAAUGAAUGGACUUAUACUAGGAUUAGUGAGGUUCUCCUGUGUGCCUCCUUGUACAUUGUGUCUAUAUUAAUAUAUGUAUGAUAAGAACGUGGUCUGUAUUCAUGCUGGAAGUCUGUUAUGGUUUGGCCUUCUUCUUCAUGUGUUAUUUUUAAGGCUCCCCAACAUUUUUUUACAACGAGCGAGAUACACCUGUGCUUGUUUUUGAGACGCCUGUCAACUUCCCCAGUGUUGAAAGAUUUACUGGUUGAAAGUGCACACACACACACACACACACACACACACACACAGCACCAUAUAGUGUGUGGAUGGUCAUGUGUGUGGAUGCUGCUAAGCCCUCUGGGUAACCUCAAACAUGCCUCAUCCUCACUGACACUGACAAGUACAUGGCCUCUCCUUCCUUUUUAGAUCAUGCAUGAACAAACACACAUAGGCUACUGUACAUGUGCAUAUGUGAUGUUUGGUGAGGCAGAGACACACACACACACACACACACACACACACACACUCUCUAGUCUACAAACAUCCUUCUCUAUAACUGUAAAUCAGAAUUUCCUCUCUGCUGACCUGCCGAAUAAAUAAACACAUUUUUCACACUGUCAAUUAUCCUUCGGGUUCUCUCUUUUACCCCCAACACUCUCCCACCCACCCACACACCCACACAUAGAGCCAAAUGCUGCCAACAGACCCCCCCCAGCCUGUGCUGAUUCGUUCAGUUGUUGCACAGGCGCUGUUUGCAGGCCAUCCAUCCAGCCUGCAGCAAACCGGCUGUCACAGAAGUUGACAUUCGCUUCAGCAAACACAAUUUGCACUUUGUUUUUAGCUUCCCUCUGCCUUUCGCUUCACUUCCUUGUGUUUCGCGCUAAACAUUAAUGAACUCGGUAUUUCCCGACGUCUCCAUAGGAGCAUGGUGAAAACAAUUAACCACCGCUCUGCCGAAAACUGGCAAGCAGUCGAGUUUUGAAUCCUAAAUCCGUACCCGGGCCCAAAGUGAGUGUUCUUGAAAUACCCCUCACAUGGGUUUAAGUCCAGCAUGGAGGCAAAAUGAACCGAAUGAUGCUACAAAAAAAAAGACAUUUCUUGUAUUGCCGGCAGCCUUUUUGCAGCUUACAACACACGCGCAUGUCAAAGACACGCAGCUGGAUGUCCGUGUAUGACUAAAUCUCUGUUACUCUCUAAGCAGUCGACUGUGUGCCGGCAAAUAUAAGAGGACAGCAGCACGGCGAAUGCUUUGUGACAGUUUUAACUUCAGCGUAUUCAUAGCGUGCUGUCAAUGCCGGUAUUUGGAUGGAGCCGAGGCUGGGUAUGCGCAGCUGUUGCACUUAAAAAAAAAAAAGGGGGGGAUGAGUGAGGAGCAAAAGGGGACUUUCACAAAAAUGCACCAGUUCAAGUCCACGGAGAGUAAAAUCCUUUUUGUUCACACAGCCCUUAAUUGAAAGGAUCACACUCAAGCUGUCCAAACGUUUCCCCAAACAGCCUCAGAGAUGUUACUAUAGGGAGGCACCCUAUAGUACCUGGUGUAUGAUUUAUUCUUUUAAUAACCAAAGCCCAGGUAUAGGUAUUAGUAUCGUUGCCACUGAAAGAGUUGGAUCAGCGCGUCCCUACCUGAUAGCAGGUCAGGUGACCGCCCGCCAUGUCGUGUUGUUCUUUAUGCUCAUGAUUCAGGGAUCAUCUAUUGUCGUUAUGCAACACAGGAAUGCCCAACGGAAUGCAGUUGUAGCCCAUUUGCGACACAAGGAAAAACAAGAAAACUUUACUGCAUUGCUGUAGGACAUUUCUGAGUUUGCAUCGGGAGGAAUUUAAACGGCAGCAACAAAAACAAUUCUUCUGAGCGACAUCUUAACAUGUGAGCACAGAGUCCACCUCCUCUCGCCCCACUGGAGUCCUGCGCUCCGUCCUGCCGUCAAGUGCAGCUCGAUCCGGGACGCCACGAUGGAGCCGGGUCUCUGUGAACCACAGACAGCUGGGAGUACAGGCUGGAGUAUAGCCUCAGGUCCUUGCUGGGUUAGCUUAGCUUGUAUCUCGGGGCCCUCCUCCCUCCCCUCCCCGGAGCAGCCCUCUCUGCUUUGGGUGGCGUUUGGUUCCAGCAGGUCUGGAUAACCAUCUCCUGGCUUCUUACUGGACGUACAGAUGUUGGGGGCGGUAUCAAACUAUCCCUUUUUAAGUGCAUUUCAGUUGCUUUUAAGACGCAUUUAAGUAAAACUAUUCAAAUCAUUUUCUUUAACCUCAGCAGGCCUGUUCAAUCCUUGAUGUAGGCUUUGAGUCACAGCACCGCGUGGUGAAAUGACUUAGCAGAAAGUCAUUUGCAUGACCAGAGCUGAACAGCUGGCUGUCAUUUUUUUUGCACUCGUUAACUGGUCCUGACGUGUCUGGACUGAUGGAGAACACGGUGAUGCUGCGGAUAAUCCCGCUCCGUCUUGACUGCUGUGGAAGUACGGUUUCAUCACAGGGCUGUCAAAGAUGUCGUUAGGCAGACUACACACAUUUCACACUCACUUAGGCUUCGACAAGCGAGAUCCACAUCGCCGCCAUCGGUGAGCAAAUAGUGGAGCUGCACGCCCUGCUGGACGCCCUGCUGUCCAUCUGAGACACACACACCUCGGGGGAGUUAGGCCCAGUCUAGAGGAAGUGUGUGUGUGUGUACUGAUGUGACUACCAAAGAACAAUUGUUAAAUGUCAAGCAGGAUUCUGUUAUGAAAAGCAUUUUGUUUCUUCCAUUGAUCUGGACCAGAGCAAAAACAGAGGAGCCGAAUGUAAUUAUUUCCCCCAUGGAGUUCCUGCUGCGCUCGCCGUGACGAGGCUUUCACAGAAUUGAAUUUCUAUGUUUGGUGGUGCCCGCUUGUGGUCCAAACAACUAAAUACCACUUUUGCAUAUUCAAUACACAUUCAAUUUGUAAACCCCCGCCAUGGACGGCGUUAGGCUCUGCUUUGUUUUCACAUGACUCAGCCUAAAGUUUCGUCUAAGAAAAGAGGAAACGCUUCUGGAGCUCACAGAGGCCAUGCAGCAGUCAUCAAGGCUGUGGUUGAGGGAUGCCUCCGUGGGCUGAUACGUGUCAGCUGCUGAUAUGAACUUUGCAAAUAUUAUUAGAUAAAUGCAGUUUUAUGGGGUUUAGGUGUCAAUUCCCAGCCCUGCAUGAAAGCCAGUAUAAUCAAAGCGCUUUUGAACUCAAGGCUCAGCCAGUCUGCGGUGAAUAUUUCGAUUUCAAGGUGACAACUUCAAGUUUCUGGUCUUGUCCGAUCAACAGUCCAAAACACGAAGGCGAGGCCGUCCUGACUAAUCAUCCAAGGUGUCAAGACGGUACCUGUCCGAUGUCCUCUCCCCCCACAGUGUGAUGCGUCAUGGCUCCGGUACUGACAGGAGUGUGGUGGGGGCCCGAGGCCGGUGUCGUCGGGUCCGGGGCGGCAGCGGCUGCUACCGGGGUAGCGUCGUGGCCGGGCAGCGGGCAGCUGGGCCUGGUCAUCACCCUCAGCACCCUCACCUCCCUGCUGCUGGUCUCUGUGCUGCUGCUGCUCUGUGCUAGCUGCCAGGGGCAGAAGAAGGCAGUCAAUGGACAUCCAGCAGGAGACCACGAGAACCUCAUGAAUGGAGUAUCAGAGAGAGAGAUGAUCAGCCAAUCAGCAGACAGUCCAGCAACGGACGUGGCCAUCAGCAGCUCUCAUAAUGGUCCUCUCACCAGCGGUACAAUCCUCACGGACACACAGGACACCAGUCCCCAGCCAUCAGAGGAGAUGCUCUCCAGCCAAUCAGAGCUCAGGUCCUCCAAGUGUCCUCAGGACCGUGAGCUUCCCAGCAUUCCUCCCAACAACGCCCUUAUUGGGGACAGACCCCCAGCCUCAGGGGACAGCACCUAUGAGGUGGUGAAGGAGAUUGCGGUGGCAUCCCGUGACGUCAGCGUUGAAGACUCCCUGUACGAGACGGUCAAGGAGCUCAAAGACCCCCCCGCUCAGCUCGGCCUCCCCGACGGUACCAUCGAGCUGAGCCCCGACGAACCUCCCCACCACCCCGCUGCCCUUCUCAACGGCCACCUCAGCCCCUGCACACCUGAGCGGGGGCCCCUGUGCGCAGGGGUGGAGUACGCCUCCGUCAACCUGAACAAGAAGAGUCGUCACAGCGCCGACAUGGAGGCCAAAAGGCGCCCUGAUAGCGCCGGCGUUCCCUCCCGCAAGCCUCUGGACGAACCAGAGGAGGAUCUACCUCCGCCGGUACCAGAGAAGGUUCUGGAUGAAAAUGACAACCAGCCAGUGGUGAUGAAUGGGCUGGCCGGGGCUGGGCUGCACAAUGGAGAGUUGCACUCCCCUCUGUCUCCCGCACCGGGGUUCGACAACCACGUUCUGUCAGACAAUGAGUCAGCAGUGUACUCGACAGUCAACAAAACAAACUGUGACGAUGCUGAGAACGAGGAAGACAAAGAGCACGACUACAGCAGCAUCGCGGAGCUCAAAGGCCUCGUCUCGGCCUCUUCCUCCAGUGACCUCUACGCCACCGUCCGAGAUAUCUACGACCAACCCGACGAGUCCCCGCCGGGGGAGGACCCCAUCUUGGACGCCACGGAUCCCGGCUACGAAAGCAUCCGCAUCCCAAAGACUAGUAGCUCGGAUGGCGACCGCUGGGCCGGGGCGGGAGCGGAGGGUUCAGACGCUGCCAAGGCAGAGCCCGACUACGAGAGCGUCGGAGAGUUGGGUCUGGGCCGGGAAACGUCCCGCCUCUGAGUUUUUCCCUCCUCGUCGUCUUCAUGCGUGGUGCUGUGGGAGAAGCCCCCUCUCUGACGUCACUGCAGUGCUUUGUAAGCAGGCUUUGUGGUGCCACAGCAUCCAUCAUCAAUGCAUGCUUGGGUACGGUUUAUCAAAUCUGAACUUUUAAUUUAUCAACCACGGUGAAUAUCAUUGGUACUGGUCGGCCUGGUAGGAAAUGAACUGGCGUACCUCAGUCAUUGGGCAUUAAACAUGUGGAUGACUGCACUUUUGAUCAUCAUUAAAGUCCUCUUUUGUCUUUCUGACAGUGCAUAUCAUGGAGACAUUUAACAACACUUGAUUGUGGAAAAAGAUUAAAUAAAUACAAAUAAAUAAUAUAAAAUAAAUGUAUCAAGUCGCAAAACACUUACAGCAUUUUAAGGGUUAGCUGAGGACACGAUCAGUGCCUGUGAUGUAAAAAAAACAAGAAUUCAGUGCCAUAUAAUCAUGUAAUUCAUGCACUUACUGUACUUAUGAAGGUAACAUUAAUUGUAUGCCCCUUCUGCAGCUGCUAGUUUCUUUCUAGCUUCUUCCAGGCGACUCAGUGUCAUGUUUUAUUGAGGUGUCAGAUGGUGUAUUUCCAGCUAUUCUUUGUCAGGUUCAGCAGCACCGCCACUGUGCAUCAUGUGAAUGGGUCGGAGGCAUUGAAAGCAAAAGCCGGUCUUAUAUGUGACCUAAUAGUAAAUUGAAUUUGUUAUAUUACGCCACCAAAUAGAAAUGACGACUUUUUUUGACUGCUUCAUACAUUUCACUGCAAUCGUGAGCCGAGGGGAGGGGAGGCGGUGUCACACUCGAGGUCUCACAAUUCAUUUUGAAAGCAUUUUUAUACGUUCGACAGUCCAUGUCCACAUUUUUUUGUGAAAUUUGUAUUUAUUUUAAGACGCAUAUUGUUGUGUAAUUGUGAAAUGUUACAGAAUAUGUCUGUGAGGGAAAAUUAAAUAGGGUUUUCUAGACGUUUCUAGCAAUUUUAUUUCGAUAUUAAAUGAAAGUGAGUUGUGUGGUGGUGACAGAUAUGAAGGUACGCUUUCCACUGACUUUUUAAAGAAGUCAUUGUUUAAAAAAAAUACUUAUUAUGUGAACAUAUUCUUUUUAUUGGUCAUUUUGCACAGAAGUAGAAACAAUUUCAAAUGAGGUGUAAUGUGAUAAAAUGACAUAACAUUAUUAAUACAAACCUAUUGAUCAACUGUAUUAUUUUUGGGUUGUCGUGUUCUUCAGAGCCUGCUCUUGGUACAGUGUGCAGCCUUCAGUCGGUGUCCCGGAUGAUUUUGAAGCACAAGGUGUAAUGUCAUGGUACUGCAUUUAUAUACCGCUUCACAAACGCAUCAUCACAAUCCAGCUAUAGCUCUGCACAAUUUGAAUAUUUUAUGCUUUUUAACUUACUAGUAGCACUAUGAGAAAAAAACAACAUAUCUGUCUGUUUGUAGCUUGUACUGACGACAUGCCAACCAAGGCUUGUGUAUACUUGGAGCACUAAUUUAACCAACUGUUACUCGCUGGAAGUUGUAUGUGAGCUUUUACUUAUUUGUACAAUGUCCAGAGUGGUAUAAUUUUUAAAAUGAGUCUGUUAAGAGCACUGAUGUAUGUCUGCCUUGUCUUGAGGAAAACAUGCUGUCAAAUAGCCUUUGAGUCCUGAGAAGUAGUAACCAAUCAAAUGUCAGAAAUAUGGUACAAUGUUUUGGUACAUGUAUUUUAAGAAACAUAUAGUUGUGGUACUUUUUUUUUUUUUUUAACUGAGUAAAUGUGUCAAUACUGUUGUUUGAUGUUUGUUUUCAAAUUCAACAGGCCAAUGCUUUUUGCUGUAAAUAUUAUAUUUUAAUGCUACUGUAUCUCCCGUCUUUCCACAAAAAUUUGUGUCACCCGUUUCACCCGCAUCAAAUAUUUCAGCCUCUCCCGCCUUCGUUGAUGUUUCAUUAGACAUGCAGGAGUUUGUUGGUGGUUCAGACAAAGGCAGCUUGCCCACACUGACUGGUAUUAGAUUCAUAAAUGAUGUCAGACAUUUGAAAUGCUCUAACAUCUCCGAGCAAUGCUACAUUUAAAGAGGAUUCUAAUUGCAGUCCACUUCCAGUAUUUAAUGAACAAAAUGUAAAUGAAGCUAAUAAAAAAAAGAUGUUCAUUUCUUUAAAGAGGUCAUUAUCAUCAUUAUUUACACUCCCAAUAUACGAGUACAUUGUGGCUACCAACUAAAGUGGCUGUGUGGUGCCAUUAUUUAGAUAUAAUGGUUUUCACAGAAUGCUAUAAAUGACCUUUAAGGAAAUUAUCUGUCAAAUGAGGUGUUUUAGUGCCAAAUCUAACCAGGUAAACACAAAUACCCUAAUAGACAAUUAGCUAUAAUCACGUAUUCUCUCUAACUGUUUAUCUUGGUCAUAGAAACACACACACACACACACACACAUUCUCCUUCAGGGAAUCGGUGUGUUGGAGCUCCACUACUCCCAUAAUGAGACCAUUUGUUCCCCAUACAACCAGCAGACAACUCUGUGGUGACACCUGCCUUUGAUCACAGGACAAAGCCUGUUUUGGAAGCUAUGGCCGCUAUCCGUCACUCCACUCUGUCUCGUUUCCAUUCUCUGCAUGUAAAUAUUUUAUGACAUGAAUUGUUCUAUUAAAAUAUAUAUAUAUAAUA